AUGAUGUGCGGAGGGACCUCUGCCACGAAGCCAGCCACUGCGGAGAUCCAGAAGAUCGCCGACCAGGUAAAGUCCCAGCUUGAAGAAAAAGAAAAUACCAAGUUCCCAAUGUUUAAUGCUGUGGAGUUCAAGUCUCAGAUAGUUGCUGGAACCAACUAUUUUAUCAAGGUUCAGGUUGACAAGGAUGUCUUCACGCAUGUGCGGGUAUUUCAGAGUCUCCCUCAUGAAAACAAGGCUCCCACCUUGUCCAGCUACCAGACCAACAAGGCUAAGCAUGAUGAGCUGACAUACUUUUAA